AACAGGGAGGAAAUUACCUUCUCCGUCAACUUUUAAAGUUAAAAAUCGCAAAAACACCCAAAAAUCUUCAAAAAGAUUCGAUAAUCCGUACCUCCGAAAAUUCUUGCAACUCGAAAACUUAAAAAUCUUCGAAAAAUCCCGCAUCAUCCGCAUUUUUUCCGCAUUUCAAGAAAUUACAGAAAAAAUAAUAUUUUGUGUGUCGUAGAAGAAAAUAUCGAUUUUUCGAAAAAAUUCUCAAUUGUGUGAUAAAAGAAUUGUUAAAUCAUUUGUUGAAUAAGCAGUCAUGGCAAAGCGCAUGAAAGCCGGAAAAUGUCCCACGGACGAACUUUCAUUGAAAAAUCGUGCAAUUUGCAAUCCCGUCGACUUCUCCGAAGACGUUCAAUACAUCGAUGUCUCGACCGGACCUGGGCAACAUUUUGUCUUUUCCGUGGAAUUCUGCCCGGAAAUCCCCCGUUUGUGCAUCGGAUUCUCGCUUUUGCAGCGAAAAUGGGCCACUUUAUCCAUUAACCAAGAUUUGGAUGUCAAACCAUUCCGUUUCGAGGAAAUGCGAACCUCGGAAGUGAUUGCUUCGAUCACUAUUGAAGUGGAUUUCCUGCAAAAGAAGACAAUUACGCAGGAACCUUACGACUCGGAUCAGAUGGCGAAGGAAUUUUUGAUGCAAUUUGCCGGUUUGGCAGUUACUGUUGGUCAACCCUUGGUUUUUAGUUUCCAGGAUAAGAAACUUUUGGGACUUUGCAUCAAGAGCAUUGAUGCCAUCGACGCCAGUCAAUACGGACAAGCGAAUGUCGAACCGAAAAAAACGAAUUUUGGACGACUUUUGGGCAAUUCGGUAGUUUGUUUCGAAAAAGCUGAAGGUUCGUCGUUGAAUCUCACGGGCAAAGCGAAAGGCAAGGUGGUACGUCAGAGCAUCAUUAAUCCCGAUUGGGAUUUCGGAAAGAUGGGAAUUGGCGGCUUGGAUAACGAGUUUAAUGCGAUUUUCCGUCGUGCAUUCGCUUCGAGAGUUUUCCCGCCGGAAAUUAUCGAGCAGCUGGGCGUCAAGCACGUCAAAGGUAUUUUGCUGUAUGGUCCCCCAGGUACAGGUAAAACUUUGAUGGCGCGUCAAAUUGGCAAGAUGUUAAACGCACGCGAGCCAAAAAUCGUCAAUGGCCCGCAAAUUUUGGACAAAUACGUGGGCGAGUCAGAAGCGAAUGUCCGUCGCUUGUUCGCUGAUGCGGAAGAAGAGGAAAAACGCUUGGGCCCGAACAGCGGUUUGCACAUUAUCAUUUUCGACGAGAUCGAUGCCAUUUGCAAGGCACGUGGAUCAGUUGCGGGAGCGGGAGGCGGCGUUCAUGACACUGUCGUCAAUCAGCUUCUUGCCAAAAUCGACGGCGUCGAACAAUUGAACAACAUUCUCGUCAUCGGCAUGACAAAUCGCAAAGACAUGAUCGACGAAGCUCUUAUGCGUCCCGGUCGAUUGGAGGUCCAGAUGGAAAUUAGUUUGCCAAAUGAAGCCGGGCGCAAGCAAAUUCUCGACAUUCAUCUCAGUCGCAUGCGAGAAUUCAAGAAAAUCAAUCCGGAUGUCGAUACGGCGGAACUUGCCGCGAUGACGAAGAACUUUAGUGGCGCCGAACUCGAAGGAUUGAUUCGUGCGGCGCAAUCUACCGCCAUGAAUCGUCUCAUUAAGGCAACAUCCAAGGUCGAAGUUGAUCCAGCUGCGAUGGAAAAAUUGCUCGUUUGUCGUGCGGAUUUCUUGCAUGCCUUGGAGAAUGAUAUUAAGCCGGCAUUUGGUACAGCGGCGGAGUUACUUGAUCACUUUUUGGCACGUGGCAUCAUUAAUUGGGGAGCUCCCGUGUCGCAUGUACUUGAGGAUGGCGGACUUUAUAUCGAGCAGGUUCGAUCAUCGGCAGAUUGUGACUUGGUAUCGAUUUUGUUGGAAGGUCCCCCGAAUGCGGGCAAGACUGCGUUGGCAGCUCGUUUGGCGCAAAUGUCAGAUUUUCCAUUUGUGAAGAUUUGCUCGCCGGAGGAUAUGGUUGCAUUUACUGAGUCAGCCAAGUGUUUGCAGAUCAGAAAGAUCUUCGACGACGCUAGCCGAUCAACUCUCAGCUGCAUUUUAGUCGACAACAUUGAACGACUUCUCGAUUACGGUCCCAUUGGUCCUCGUUACUCCAACUUGUCAUUGCAAGCUUUGUUAGUCUUGUUGAAGAAACAACCGCCAAAGGGCAAGAAAUUGUUAAUUAUCUGCACCAGCAGUCGACGACAAGUUUUGGAGGACAUGGAAAUGCUCUCUGCUUUCACUUCAGUCUUGCACGUUCCGAAUCUCUCGACACCCGAACACAUUGUGGCAACGCUCGAACAUAGCGACACCUUCACCAAGCAGGAAAUCCAAACGAUUUACAAAAAGUUGCAUGGUCACAAAGUAUUUAUCGGCAUCAAAAAAUUGCUCGCCCUCAUCGACAUGGCGAAGCAAACCGAUCCAAGUCAACGCGUCAUCAAAUUCAUAUCAAAGCUGGAGGAAGAAGGCGGUCUCGAUCCAGUUUCCGUGCAGUAACUUAUAGUCGAAAAAGUUUUGGGUAUCGGUGUUGUGAAGUUCAGCGAUGUUUUUUGAGUUCGCCGUCAUCGUCGCUUGUUCUCUGGCCUUUCAUUUAUUGUGAAAAUGCCUGAAACUUUUAUUUCAACGAAAAUUGGCAAAAAAAAAAAAUUUUUUUUUUCAAAAAAUUCAGUGACAUGAAAAUUGACCUUUAUUGAAGAAGACCUGUUAGCAAUUAAGUCUAAAAUAAUAAUAAUUAUUUAUUGUUAAAAAUUAAUUAAUUAAUCGAUAUUCUUACCGUACAUGAACAACGAGAGUUGUUUCAAAUCUAGUCAUGAUUUCAAGGAUUUUUGCGUUGAUAAGUAAUGUUUAUUAAUAAAGAGUGUCAGUCAAUUCAGUAUCAGAAGUAUAAUUAUAAAAAAUUAAAAUAAAAAUAUUUAAUCAUAAACGGUA